CAGCAUUUUCUAGUAAACACUGAUUGUGCGAGUCGUGACCCCGCGAGUUCACAUAAUUAUCUCCUUACUAUGUGAAAACAAAUUCAGCCAAAAAUAUUUUUUGUCGAGAUAACGGCGCCAAUUCUUAAACGUUCAACAUAUUCCCUCUGAGUUCAUUCAAAAAGUUGGUGUCGAUCGAAUUGCUUGUCAGCGAUGAAUUCCGCGCUCCGCUUUCUAACGUUACUUAUCAUUGUCGGACUAUCGGCAACUUUGGUGCAAGCUCAAACCGUUACCACUGAGUCCCCGCUGGAUCCGAUGGAGUUUUCGUACCUAACAUUAUGGAAGUACGCCGAAACUGAAUGCGUGAAAAAAGGUAUCAACGGAUCGGAGAUCACGAAGUCAUGGAUUGGAGUCCGUGCGUGUUUACGCACCAAACUGGAUGUGGUUCAAUUCAACUUGGACUCGUUACGAUUGGAUUUGGAUACGCAAAGCGCGAUCCUGGAAAAGCAUUGUCCGAAGUUAAGGACAGCAACCGAUUGUUUCGAUCCGUUCAUGGAAACCGUUAAAAGAUGUGUUCCGGAAGGAAACUAUGAAAUAUUUGAAGCCUUGCAGCACUGGGUUGCGGACGUUUUGGACUACAUCUGCAAAGAUAAUGGGGCCCAAAUAAAGUACGACAAAGCCAAGCACGAGAAAUGUGCCAGGGAGGUUGGAGCAUACAUUUUCGAAUGUGCUGCGCAAAAUAUAAUCGCCAAAGAGUAUGACGACAGAAAAUCGUUCAACGAGGAAGAUUGCAGGUAUAGAUCUUGUACAUACAUACGUGUAGGUCUUAUCAGUUUGCCUCGAAUUGGGCCAGAUUUAAAGUUGUUUUCCUUCGGCUGCUCUUGGAGUUUUGAAGGCGUUAUCAAAAAUUUUGUAUUCACUUCAUGACCGUUUUAUUGUUUUGAAACUUUACUGCAUCUUUCUAGCCUGUAUAUAUGUAUACAGGGUGUUAGAGAGCUCACUUAAAAUCCAUUAAGGGGUGAUAGAGGACCCUAUUUGAUGAAAAAACUACUGCAUAGUUACUCACUUUUUUCAGUUUACGGUUGUGUUUACCUUUAACGAGGUCUUGCACAAAAAGUAUGAUAGCUAGCUCGAUUCUGUUGUGUUCGUUAAAAAACUGAGAGGAUUUCCUAAUCAACAGUGUCUUAAAAACAUCAAAGUAGAGAGAAUAAGAAGCACUUAGGAAGGAAUAAAUAUAAAAUCAAAUGUUUUUUGAGAACUGAACUUAUUCUCUCUAAUUUGACGUUUUCUAAACUCGAAAUUUUCCCAGCUUUCCAAUGAAAUUUUCAGAAUUGAGCUAGCUAUCAUAUUUCUUGUGCUAGACCUCGUUAAAGGCAAACAUAACCGAAAACUGAAAAUGUGAAUGAAACUGCAGUAGUUAAAUUUUGGCCAUAUGCGUAGAAUGAUUUUUUUCAUCAAAUAGGGUCCUCUAUCACCCCUUGAAGGAUUUUAAGUCAGCUCCCUAACACCCUGUAUAUUACCACACGCAAAAGUUUGAGCCAGAGCGAUUAUUGCGUUCUUCCAAGCUUUGAUCAGAUUGCACUUAACAUGCAUAGUUUUAUUGAUUUACUCAACUAUUUAGAGCUAAUUUGACACCGUUUUCUUCUUUUGGCUUGAAGUAUGUGUCGUUUUGUCUUUUGCCUUUUGUAAACUGAAAGCAAUUUUGUGUUUCAAUGGAAAAAAUCCCAUUAGAAGCGUUUUUUGCAACGCCUAGCUAAUCCUCUUCCUGCGAAGGUGAAUCAAUUUUUACUUCGAAAAAUCACCUUCAAACACUUGUUACUUAUAAAUUAAUGCAUUGCAAAUUGAAGAUCGACCUGUUCUUUAAAUUAAUUGCGUUCAACCAUUCGGUUGUCAGAUACGACAUCACACGCGAGGAAUGGGUUUGUAGAGUUCAUUCAUACCAUUCGCUCAUUAGAUUGAAAAUUUCAACAAUGUCUUUUUAUAUUGCGCAAAUAUUCUAGUCAUAUUUUUGAAACAAAAUUCACGAACUGCUUUUUUCGAUUUUUUUCACGAUCAAGGGCGCAGAGGAGCUUUUAUCCUGUUGCAUAUAAUUCGUAUAUACUUCAC